AUUUUCGCAUACGAAAAUGUUCAUUUUGUAGAGUGAAGCCGUUCAUCCAUCGCAUUCCGGGUGAUCUGGUCCAGAUGAUCGACCGUAAGUGAAACCGGCACCAAGAAUUGAGGUUUACCUCAAAGUAACCAAGUAUAAUGGCGUCCCAUGAUUCCGCAUUCGGUAUCUCUCGCCAAUACCAGAAAGAUCCAAACCACCAACUGUUCCGGGACGAAUGCCCUAGACUCCACCACUUCUCGAGCCGCUGAGAAGUUGGACCCAGGAGACUGAAACACCGAAGCACUUAUUAAACCCAAACACACCAAAACGAAACAAAGGAAACAACAUCUCUAGGCAUUCGACUCGUUCUGAAAUUACAAGGACCACUGCAAUUUUAUUUUAUUUUAUUCUGGAUUUUAAACAAUCCCGCAACGGAGAAGACUGAUUGAACACGCUAAAGUUUUUAACAACCUGAGAGUUAAAAACAAAACUACGAAACACAAACAAUGAAACCACUACCAAGUCAAGAGGAUAGUUCCUCAGCAACCACCCCGAUUCGUCCGGUUCUUACAGUAUCGGCCCCUGGUUCCGGAGGUUCAUCCGGUCCUAGCACGGCACCAGCCGCUUCAACAGUAAUGAGUCCAUCAUCGGCGAUGGCGUCGAUAGCGACACAAACGUCCCGAAAACACACAUCUUCCGCCUCCGGAAUCCCCGGUUCUUCUUCUGUGGCAAGUGGAAACGGGACUGGGGGGACGGCCACCACAACCAGCAGCUCGUCCGGCACGGCCAGUCCCGGUUGUUUCAUCAAACCGUCGCUGUCGCUGAACUCUCUGCCCCCGCAGGUUCCCGCCGAAGGUUCCGAAAUGGCCCAGAAUCGACUGCGUAUCGAUCGGCCUUACAAUAGUUUGAAGAAAAAACGCGAUUCGGAACGCGAUCUGUGGCGUCGAUCCUGGGGCAGUGGCCAUAGCCAUAGUUCCUGCAGCCUGCAGAGUAGCACGCUGACCGGCAUUGGCAAGGACGACUUCUGGGCGGCCCUUCAGACAAAUUACAAUUUUAUCAUGGACACAAAUCUGCUGGACAGCUGCCGCGAGGCGCGGGGCGAAAUUGAGGGACCGGUGAUUCGCGGCGACGAGGAAGACGACAUGGAUUGCUACCGAAGGGCCAUGUUUAAACCGUCACCGAUGCAAACGUUUUACGGCGAUCCGCGGUUGCUGCGCCAAUGGCUCCGGGAAAUGGAGACACGCAUCUCGCGAAUCCCAUCCAUCACCGAGACGAAGAAGCUGAGCAUCGAGCAGUUGCUGAAGCUAUCUGGAGAACAUUCGGAAAUUUACCGGGAAAUCGAAUCGAAUUCCCGUGCCGUUGCUGCCUGCGUUCGAGCGUACGAGAAAAAGUCGGCCAAAGCUGCAAAGUACAGCGGCAGUGUAUCCGGAGUGAACAGUGUAGCCUCGUCCUCCUCGGCCAACACAACCCCGACGGCCACCGGAAGUGCCCCGAACUCGGGACCACCAUCCGGAUCCGGUUCCCUGACUCCCGAGGUACCACAGGACCUGCAAAAUCCACCCGGUGGAUGCAGUGAGUUCUAUCAGCCGCCAGCAGCCAUCAGAGGAACAGGCUAUCGUCAACAACAACAGCCUCGCAGUGGAAGUUCCGUUCUACCCGGAGGUUGUGCCCUGAAACCGAAGGAAAAUAGUGUCAUCAAAAGCCUCGAGAGGCGGUACUAUCUGCUGUAUCUGAAGGCGUACGAAAUCCGUUGUCUGCUCGAGGGAUUGCUGGACAGCAAAACUUCGAGCUCGGACAACAACGCCAGCCUCUCGGACACGGACGAGGAACCGGUCAACAAACUUGCCCGCCUGAGCUGCUCCAAAUCUCUGCCUGGGUCUUCACCCUCAUUUCAGCAUGGCUGUUUGAGUGGCGAAGAAUGGGCUAAGUCGAAAAAGUGCUCAAACGCUGGAUUCGAUGCCGAUUCCGAGGGCAGCGAUUGUGAAGUUAUCAAACCGAACAUCAUCAACUACCAGAUUCAGCUUCAUCCCCAUCACCUGCAGCACGAUCAGCAGGAGCACCACCAGCACCAGUUCCAGGGGCCGGGUAGCAGCAGCAGCAUCAGCAUCGGGAGCACCAGGGCGAGUACAACAGCGGCAGCAGCAGCGAGA